ACCCUCCUGCAGCCACUUCCCACCCCACCCGUCUCUAAAGCACCAGCCAGCACCCAUUCACACUGCACUCUCUGGAUCUUUCCCCUACUGCAAAACUUUUUAUUUCAUUCGUGGACUGUGCGCGAGGCAGAAAUCUUAAAGAUGUCAGAGCAGGCUGAUGUGGAGCUCUUUGUGAAGGCGGGCUCUGAUGGACAGACCAUUGGGAAUUGCCCCUUUUCCCAGCGCCUCUUCAUGGUCCUCUGGUUGAAAGGAGUCACAUUUAAUGUCACCACGGUUGAUAUGAAAAGGAGGCCAACAACCCUGUUGACUAUCGCCCCUGGAUCACAGCCCCCUUUCCUCUUAUUCCGAGGAGAGGUCCGAACAGAUACCAAUAAGAUCGAGGAAUUUCUGGAAGAGACUCUGUGCCCCCCAAAAUACCCAAAGUUGGCCGCCAAAAACCCGGAAUCCAACACGGCCGGACUUGACGUCUUUGCCAAAUUUUCUGCCUACAUCAAGAAUUCCAACCCUGCUUUGAACCAAACUCUGGAGAAAGGCCUCGGGAAGGCUCUGAGCAUUUUGGACAAUUACCUGAACACUCCUCUUCCGGAAGAAAUAGAUGAGAACAGCGCGGAGGACGAGACGGUGUCUCACCGCAAGUUCCUGGACGGUGACGAGCUGACGCUAGCCGACUGCAACCUCCUCCCCAAGCUACACAUAGUACAGGUGGUCUGUGAGAAGUACCGAGGCUUUAAGAUCCCCGAAACGUUCACCGGAAUCCAUCGCUAUCUCUCAAACGCCUACAAGCGGGAAGAAUUUGUUAGCACGUGCCCGGCCAAAGUCGAAAUUGAACUUGCAUACGCCCCGGUGGCCAAACCCGCCAACUAACCGGCCAGCUCUUAACGAGAAAGAGGAACCCUCCUAUUUAAGCUCCUUUAUAAUACACACAAAAUAGCAACAAAAAAAAAGAAAAAACAAAAAAAAGCCCUCGCUUCUGUUCCUUUUUUUAAGAAGGACAGAGCGUCAAUUGGCCUGUCGAACUGCCACUCGAUAAAUCCUGGGGAGACCCUCCUCGUCUAAAUUGGGGCACGGUUACAGUAGACCAGGAUCGGUGUAGUUCCUAAACACGGUCUCUAGGUGGCAGUGCACAUGGUAAAUUUCUGUUAUCGGCUGUGACUCUCUCACCUAUAGGACGAUACGUUUUCUAUACAGAUCAAGGAGGAGGAUUCAUUUCUGCUGUGCAUUAAAGCUCUUUUUCUUUUUUUUUUUUAUGUGUAUUUUAUGUUUUUCUAAUGGAAGCCAUUAUACCACUAGACAAUCGACAUGUUAAAUUCCUGCUACAUCUUCCUGGGAGAUCAUUCUAUAAUAUACAGCAUUCUAUAGGACUAUGGGAUGAUAUGCCGAGGCUGGUCUCCCUGUGACACAAGUGCCUUUUUGAUACCCUCUAGCUGUAAAUAUGAUGAGGUCACGGACCCAAAUAUAUAUAUUCUGAUGCAUAAAAUCCCCCGCAGCCACUUGUACCGUGUUUGCCCUUCUUUUAAAAAGAUAGUUAAAGGGCUUGUUUGAGUUAAUUGCUCUGGAGGACCCAACAUGUCAUUGAUUUCAAUGGGAGUGGUGUAAUACCUUAUUUCUCCUGCGGUGGUGCUGCAGGGAAACUGAACACUUGCUACUAGGCUCCCGGCAGAGAUCACAGCUGAUGGAAAACCAUGUUUAUAGCCUAUGGUGGCUCUCUAAUGAAAAAUAGAUCAUCCAAAGUGGGCAACCCCUUUAAAUGUCUGCCUUUUUUAGAUAGCGAGACCCUCGAAGGUUGGCGAGAUUAAGGCUGAAAUUCACAGCACAGUAGUAAUAGGUAGACCAGGGAUGUCAAACUCAUGGCCCUCCAGCUGUUGCAAAACUACAACUCCCAUCAUGCCUGGGCAUACUACAGCUAUCAGGGAAUGAUGGGAGUUGUAAUUUUGCAACAUCUGGAGGGCCAUGAGUUUGACAUCCAUGAGGUAGACCAUACAUUCCAUGUAAAUUAGUUAUUAAAGGGGCACCCCUGCUUUAUUUUCUUCAGACGCCUUUUUAGUUUGCAUAGUUUUACUGUAUAUAUUCACAAAUCUGAAUCAAGAGGGGUUUGAUUAUAGGGGGGAGAACUUCUUUUUCCAGUGCACCCCACUUCCUAUGCUGCGGCCUUCAAGUAUAUUGCAGCAGAAGACAUCAAGGGUCUACACCCUGACAUUUAUAGACCUCUUUUUGUUUAGUUGGGCUCUGCAGGAUUACAAAAACAGCGCCACAUCUGUCCACAGGUCGUGUUGGGGUAUUGCAAUUCAGCUCCAUUCGCUUUUAAUGAAAUUGAGCUGCAAUACCUCACACAACCACCCAGGCAGGUGUGGCGCUAGAGGAAUGCAACGAUGGGACCACUUUUUAAGAUGCCUUUCUUUUUAUUUUUGAUUAACACAUAACCACACAUAGCCCUCUAAUACUAGACACUGACCUUUUUUAGUUUUGAUUAGAAGACUGCAAUGACGCCCCCUAGAGGCUCCCCCCUGUCAGCUGCAAGUACCUUGUUUAUUGCAAUUCUUUAGGCAGGACUCAUUCUCACUUAGACCUAGAAGUUGUAUAUUUAAUAUUCUGAAGAAAUCAGCCUGAAUAUUCACAUUUAUAUUAAAAACUUAACCUGAAAA